AUGGGAAGAGUCCUGCUGUGGUCAAGGGAAGAGUCCUGCUUUGGCCAUGGGAAGAGUCCUGCUGUGGCCAUGGGAAGAGUCCUGCUGUGGCCAUGGGAAGAGUCCUGCUGUGGCCAUGGGAAGAGUCCUGCUUUGGCCAUGGGAAGAGUCCUGCUGUGGCCAUGGGAAGAGUCCUGCUGUGGCCAUGGGAAGAGUCCUGCUGUGGCCAUGGGAAGAGUCCUGCUUUGGCCAUGGGAAGAGUCCUGCUGUGGUCAAGGGAAGAGUCCUGCUGUGGCCAUGGGAAGAGUCCUGCUGUGGCCAUGGGAAGAGUCCUGCUGUGGCCAUGGGAAGAGUCCUGCUGUGGCCAUGGGAAGAGUCCUGCUUUGGCCAUGGGAAGAGUCCUGCUGUGGCCAUGGGAAGAGUCCUGCUGUGGCCAUGGGAAGAGUCCUGCUGUGGCCAUGGGAAGAGUCCUGCUGUGGUCAAGGGAAGAGUCCUGCUGUGGCCAUGGGAAGAGUCCUGCUGUGGCUAUGGGAAGAGUCCUGCUGUGGCCAUGGGAAGAGUCCUGCUGUGGCCAUGGGAAGAGUCCUGCUGUGGCCAUGGGAAGAGUCCUGCUUUGGCCAUGGGAAGAGUCCUGCUGUGGCUAUGGGAAGAGUCCUGCUGUGGCCAUGGGAAGAGUCCUGCUGUGGCUAUGGGAAGAGUCCUGCUGUGGCUAUGGGAAGAGUCCUGCUGUGGCCAUGGGAAGAGUCCUGCUGUGGCUAUGGGAAGAGUCCUGCUGUGGCCAUGGGAAGAGUCCUGCUGUGGCCAUGGGAAGAGUCCUGCUGUGGCCAUGGGAAGAGUCCUACUUUGGCCAUGGGAAGAGUCCUGCUGUGGCCAUGGGAAGAGUCCUGCUGUGGCCAUGGGAAGAGUCCUGCUGUGGCCAUGGGAAGAGUCCUGCUGUGGCCAUGGGAAGAGAGACCAUCAGAGGUCAGCAUCACCAUUCUCUGCAUGUCCAGUCCAUGGUUGAAGUAA